AUGAGUCAUCAAAUCGAUUCAUUUUCAAUGCAAAUAAUUCUUUUUUAUUUCAAUGAGCCUGCAGACUUUUUAUCUCUUAUACAGGUUUGCAAAAAGUUCGUGUUUUUACUUGACCGUUUCAGAAUAAAUCCAAUUCGCAUAACUCAACACACUGUCAAGUUAUUUCCAAAUAUUCAGACUCAACAAAUCUUCACCCCAAUCGAUUUGAAAGUCAAAGUUGACAGAACAAAAACUUUAUAUCCUGUUUCAUACGACACUUAUGAGACGAAAACGACUCCAUUUGAUACCUUUCGUACAAUAAAAUAUACAAAUGAUGAUUUUAAAAUAUAUGGUCAACCAAUUCCAGAAGUCGUUUCUCAGUUAGACAUAAGUGCAUUGGCGAGUGCUCAAAUAACACAUUUGGAGAUAUCAAGUCGUCUCACUUUGAUACGUGAAAAUUCGUUUGAGAACAAUUUGUUCACAAAAUUGGAACUUCCAUCAACUCUUGUCAACAUUUGUAAAUCAGCUUUUUCCAAUAACAAAAAGUUGAAGGAAGUUGUAUUACCUAAUACGAUAACAGUCCUUCCCGAUGCUAUUUUUAGUGGGUGCAAAUUGCUUGAUAAAAUCAAUAUUCCGAAGAGUCUCAAGUUGAUAGGAAGUAAAGCUUUUUCGUAUACCGGCCUUCCUUCUUUUGAAGUGUUAGAGAACUUCACUGUCGGCACUUCUGUGUUUGAAGGGUGUAAAUAUCUAACUAAAAUUACAUUUAGUGGACAGUCAAUUGUUCCUCGAAAUCUGUGUAUGUCAUGUGUUCGUUUAAAAAGAGUUAAAUUUGAUGAUUCAAUAACUGUAAUUUCAGAUGACGCUUUUAAUUGUUGCUCUUCACUUGAAGAUUUUGUUAUUCCUAAAAAUUUAAGAACGAUUGGAAACAAAGCUUUUUACGAGUGUACUUCUCUUAAGAUUCUGAACUUUUCAGAAAAAGUGUGUUAUGUUGGAGAAGCCGCAUUUUGUGGGUGUGAAAGUCUUGAAAAACUCAUUUUUGAAAAUGAAAAAGUUGUAUUUGGCGGAGUCGGCGUUUUUUGA